AAACACCACUCGAGAUAGUCUUGGCGGUAAUUGAAGUUGUUGUGGAUGUUUCCUCACUAUCAAUCCACUUCACAAGCCCUCCACUGGGUGGUGGACACGUAUCACAUACAUGCAUUUCCAUUGUCUCUCCACUACAUCUCACCAGCCCUUUUAAGUCUCGAGAAGGCGGCUUUGCAACAUGCCCUCUAAGCGUUGUUUCAUUUGAGGUGGAGUUUUGAAACGAUAGCGGCACAAGAACAGGAACUUCUUCCAAGACUCACUGUACUGACAGUAAAAUCGACAGGGAAGACUUCCUGACAAUUCAUCAUGUCAGCCAAAGACACAGUGAGACGUAAUAAAACAGCCAUUCUAGAGACUUUGUGUGGAGACCAAAAGCUGAUCCUCAACAAGGUUCAUGAGAAGAAACUUAUAACUCAGCGUGAGUACAACAACCUUAAAAACAUCAACAAAGAAGAUGUAGAGGGGCACGUCAUUGCACUUGUGGAUAAGAUCAUGGAUAAAGGAGAGGACACCUGCCGAGACUUCCUGAACCUCCUGCAAACUGAUGAGGACGUGAAGACGACUUUCCCAGACUUGAAGAACAUACAAAAGAAUGACACCUGCCUUUUACCUUUGCCUGUCCAAGCAACUCGUUCAGUUAACAGUGACGGUCCUUCACAAGAGAGCAAAAGGCGGAAGGAGGACGACCAGUAUCAGUUGAACAGCCAUCCUGUUGGCCUCUGUGUGAUCAUAAACAACGAGAAUUUCACAGAUGGCAGAGUGAGAAGAGGAACCGACAAAGAUGCUCGAAGUUUGGCAGAGGUGUUCAGCUGGCUGGGCUUCAGAGUGCUGAUGUGUAAAGAUCAAACCAGGGACCAGAUGGAUCGUGCACUGAAAGUCUUUGCCUCUCUGGACGACGCCUCUCAGCUGCAGGAGUUCAACGUAGAGGAGUGGUCUGGCAGUGGAUUCACUGGUCUUCAGGAGGCUCCUAAACAUGGCGAUGCCUUCAUCUGCUGUGUUCUGAGUCACGGAUCACUGGGUGUUGUUUCAGGGACUGAUUGCGAGCAUCUCUCCAUUAAACAAAUGACUACAACAUUCAAGGCGACAGAUCACUCAGCUCUCACUGGCAAGCCCAAAGUGUUCCUGAUCCAGGCCUGCCAGGGGAAGGAUCGACAGCCAGGAGUGUUAUCACCAGAUCUGCAGGCUGACGAUUCUGAAUCAAUGUUCAUCCCUCGGGAAGCCGAUUUUCUGGUUGCCAUUGCCACUGUUGAAGAUUAUGUAUCAAUGAGACAUAUAAUUGAUGGGAGCUGGUUUAUCCAGUCUGUGUGUCAGCAGUUAAAGGAGGGCUGUCUGAGGGGUGAGGACACCACCGCAAUCCUUCACCGUGUCAACAGUGAAGUAAGCCAGAAAGAGGGCUCCCGUAACCUAGGUAAAGCCAAGCAGAUGCCUGAAGUUAGGUUCACCCUGAGGAAGAAACUUGUGUUGUCGCCACAUCACAACUGAAGCUCCAUCUCCACAACAAAAGGGAAAUAAUUAGAGGCACUGCUUAGGCGAUGACAAGGACAAUGUAUGGGACAGACUCAAAGUUAACUACAGUGAUCAUGUUGGUUGUAAUGAAGGAAUAUAACACGCAGUGUAACAGUGUGGCUCACAGAUGUGUUCAAGGUUUCUGGACAAGUUCUGUUGUACAGAGACUGCACAGACAAUAUUUUUUAGUAGAAUAAAUUGUUGAUUUUUGA